AUGGGGUUGGGAGGCGUGCUGAACUGAGGCGGAGGGUUUGCUUCUCAUGCCGGUGGAAUCAAUAGCGUCUGCAGACAGGAAUACCUUUCCCACAUUACUGCCUCAUUGCCAACACUUCAGCCACGGCUCUUCUUCCAGCACGGAUUACACUCAGAUCGCUUGUGCAUUUGUUCACUCCCUUACUUUCUUUCUCCAUCUCUCACGUUCUGUCUCCUUACUAUCUCUCUCCCCCCUCUCUCUCUCUCUCUCUCUCUUUCACUCGCUCUCUCUCUAGCCAACCCACACCCAGUGAUUCUGUAUCUUGGUUUUUUUGUGGUGGAAGAAGGGAUGCUGCUGUGAAUUCUUUUUUGAAUGUGUUUUAGACACAUUUUUUUCUGUACCACAGGAGGUGUGCUUUCUGUAAUUUUUUGGGAGUAAUUGUUUUUGAGAAACCUUGUUGAAAAGAGCUUACUCACAAUGUUGGGCUUGGAUGUUUGUGAAUUUGGUGGACAGUUUCUUGAACUGCUCUGGUUAACAGUUUGCUACAGAGGCAUAAUGGCUGACAAAGAUAAAGAUGUGCCAGUGGUUGAGGAUGAAGAUGAGCCAGAUCUGAACUACCAGCCUCCGGCUCAGAAGAGCCUGCAGGAGAUCCAGGAACUGGACAAGGAUGAUGAAAGCCUGAACAAGUACAAGCAAACCCUCCUGGGUUCUGGACCUGUGGUGGCAGAUCCCAGCAUUCCUAAUGUCCAGGUGACCCGACUCACUCUGAUGUGUGACCAGGCCCCUGGACCCAUCACCAUGGACCUGACAGGUGACCUCGAUGCUUUGAAGAAGAAGAACUUCACCAUGAAGGAGGGAGUGGACUACAGGGUGAAAAUCCACUUCAAGGUCAACAGGGACAUCGUGUCUGGACUGAAAUAUGUGCAUCUGACCUACAGGAAAGGAAUCAGAAUGGACAAGGCAGUGUACAUGGUGGGCAGCUACGGUCCGAGAGCCGAGGAGCAUGAGUUUCUCACCCCGGUGGAGGAGGCUCCGAAGGGCAUGAUCGUUCGGGGAAGCUACCACAUCAAAUCCUUCUUCACAGACGACGACAAGACAGACCAUCUGUCGUGGGAGUGGAACCUGCAAAUCAAAAAAGACUGGGACAGUGCAGAGUAAAGAGGUCUUCCUCUGUCUCUCUCUCCCAGAUGCAUAGCAACAUACCCAAUUUAUCACUGAUGUUUAAGACAGAGACAUAGGCUUGGUAGAUAUGGUUUUGCUGGCUUUGCAAAUGAUUCAAUAACAAUUAGUCGUAUAUAAAAAAAAAAAAAACAUUAAAAAAAAAUAUAUAAUGAAGAUAUUCCUACAUAUUAGGUGUAAUCAACAGUGAGGACAUACAGUGACUGGCAGGGUAUUAGAGGCGACUUAGUACUUUGUAAUAGAUUUAACAAUGGUAUAACCAACAAAUGAAAUCCCUCAUGCCUGUACACUCAGGUUUUAGUGUAUACUGUAAAUGUAAAUAUUCCAAUGUCUGUAUUCUUGCAAUGCAUUUCGAGUUCUUUACAGAGCCCAUGACCGGAUCAGUGCAUGCUUGAAUGUGAAGCCAUCGUGUCUGCAAUGGCUAAUUUCUUGUCUCGAUGAUGUAAUCAGCCUGCUGUUACCUGAUAAAUACAUGUGUAGGACGUGGUUUGUACUAAGUGUUGCUUGUCAAAAAAGGUGUUUCUGAGCAUUAAACCCCUGUAGAAAAGAUCAGCUGAAACCGAUAUGAAGUUGUCUGGCUGAUCUCCAGCAACCAGUUCUGGUAAAGCUGCUUCACUUUUCUUGUUGGUUAGUCCUGACUGGCACCUCAGCUUCUAAAAUGCAACAUUUGCUGGUGAUAUUGCUGGUCUUUUCAGCUGGGAACCAUCAGUGGAGCCCAUAGUCAAGCACCCUCCUCAUUCCCUGAAACAAUUUAAGAUCUGUUCCUCUCUGUCCAUGUGUCUGUAACUGUCUUCCAUCAAGCUUUUAUAUUAGAUUGUCUCUGAUAUUUUUUUUUUUUUUUUGACAUUCCAAAAUAAAUCCAUUUAUUGUUUA